AACAUGCAGCGGGAAGAAAACAUUGGAGCAAGCACGCAAAGCAGAGGCAAGUUCAUCGAUGCAAUGAUCGCACAAUGGAGGAACCAAACAGGGAACAAUGAUGGAUUACAGCAAACGGAAGAGUAACAGGUGAAUGAAGGUUCCUGCACACAUGAUGACAAGCAGCAAGACUUGCAGUGUAAGGACCGUACAAUCAAAAGUCUAAGACAAAAACUGAAGGAGAGCCAGGAGGCGCAGGCCUCUUUGUCCACCUCCUUGGAGAUAGACACGUGUAACAAGGAAGAGGUCACAGCAAAACUGAACGUAACUUCGCCAUACAUCGAGAAUAUCGCGGAAUAUAUGAAUUACAUCAGUGAGGUCACUGCCAAUUAUGAGCAACGCCGCGUUAGUUUAUCCACCUUAUUCGACGACGUGAUUCUAAAGCAACAAGAAAUUAUCCAGAUGCUGCAACAGAAUGAGGCGAAAUCGAAAGAUAUUGAGAACCGUGUUGCAAAAUUGAAAAAUGAAUUGCGGCUUCAAAAGGAAAGAUUUCAAGAGGAGUCGGCAGAACUAAAUAAAUUGCGGAAGCAAUUGGAAAAUUCUGAAAACAAGCUGCAAAGUCAGAGGAAUGAAUUGGCGAAUAAACAUGCUGAGGAAAAGUUGAUGCUCGUCAAAGAACAACAACGGUUGUUAUCGGAAUGCGAGAAUUUACAAUCGCGACUGCAGACGACCGAGAAAGAGAAACGCGACAUCGCGAAGUCUGCCGCACAAGUGGAAAAUAAAUUGCUACUUCAAGAAGAGAAAAUGCAGGAAGUACUGAUGGAGAAAAACAAAUGGCAAGAGCAAGUAAAUGACGUCGAGCGGAAAUUCCAUUCACAGAAAAAUGAAUUAGUGAGCGCACACGCUAAGGAAAAAACAUUGUUCAUUGAAGAACAGCAGCGACUAGAAUCAAAAUUCAAAAGUUUACAAUUACAACUGAAUACACUAGAACAAGAUAAGAACAAUAUUACGGAAAUGAUCGCGCAAAAGGAUACACUUGUCUCCAAAUUACAGAAUGAAAUCUCCAUGUAUAAAAAUGAAAUCGAGGAGAUAAUGACAAGAAAUAAUAAAAUGACUGCUGAGAGAACAACAUCACUGAAGACGCAAAAUAUGCUGGAGAAUGAAUUACGUAUAAAAACGGAAAAAAUUCAGGAUUUAGAGAUGACGUUACACUCAUUGAAACUAAGGGAGACAGGUUUCAUCAAUGACGUAAACAGAAUAGAAAAAAAAUUAAGUAGUGAAAUAGAUUAUUCCAAGAAUCUCGAAAAUAAGCUUUCGAACGCUCAGAAAGAUUUGCAACUCGCACAAAAGCAAAACGCUGAAAUGCAAAAGAUUCUGGACAAAACUAAGAGCAGUAACGAGUUUUCUAUUAACACGCUUCAACAUCAACUAAAAACUCUUCAGAAGGAAAAAGAAAUUAUAACACGAGAAAGCACAAGAGUUAAUAUUUCUAACGCGAGUUUACUGGAUAGCGAUGAAGACAGAUCAUCGUCAGAGAAACCGAUUCGUACAUCUUUGACAAAGAGACAAAAUCAGGACAAGCAAGAUGUGGGUCCAUCAAUAGGAAAAAAGUUUUUUAAAUCGCGUCCUGCUCAACCACGUACUUACACCAAACGACGAGAUGAUUAAAAAGAUAU